CUGGAAGAGAACAGGAGCGGAUGUGACCGCCGGGACAAACAUCACUCGUUUACAAGUCAGCUAUGGAUGUGUUUAUUGCUUGUGGAUGAUGUUUUCGCUGCACAAUUAAAAAGGUCUCCAGCCCCAACGGACCCCCAUCUGCCACUGAGGACAAGCAGCAAAUGCCAAUCUACUGAAAGAGGAUCAAAUCAGGAAUUUGUCACCCAAGUAGGUGUGAAUCGCUGGCUGCAAUCAUGGGGAACCAACUGACUGAUAUCGCUCCUAACACGUCAUUCCUGCCAAACUUCCAGUCUCUGCACGUGGUGGUUAUCGGCCUUGAUUCAGCCGGCAAAACCUCUCUGCUCUACAGGCUCAAACUGAAGGAGUUUGUGAAAACGAUCCCCACCAAAGGCUUCAACACGGAGAAGAUCAAGGUGGCUGUGGGGGCGUCUCGGACCAUAAACUUCCAAGUGUGGGAUGUGGGUGGUCAGGAGAAGCUGCGCCCGCUGUGGAAGUCUUACACCCGGCGUACAGACGGGAUGGUGUUUGUGGUGGACUCCACUGAGCUCGAGCGGAUGGAGGAGGCGAAAGUGGAGCUCCACAAGAUCACCCGCACCUCAGAGAACCAGGGGGUCCCUGUGCUCAUUUUGGCCAACAAACAGGACUUGGAUUCAGCCUUGUCGGUCAGCGAGGUGGAGAAGCUGCUUUCUGUGCAUGAACUGAGCAUGUACACGCUGCAUCACGUGCAAAGCUGCAGUGCUGUGGAUGGACAGGGGCUCCAGUCGGGCCUGGAGAAACUUUACGAGAUGAUCCUGAAGAGGAAGAGGAUGGUGAAGCACAAUAGGAACAGAAAGAGAUGAACUAAUUGCCCCCACUGUGGACAUUACCUUAGGAGAUUUAUCCACUGUUGAGACACUUCCAAACAUAAUGGUCCCUUUUAAUGGGAGAGCAAUUUGUGCCAACAAAACAACAAUUACACACGGCCUUAGGGUCAGGGGAAAUGGAUUUGCUCAUAAUAACUGACGCAGUAUUGGCAUAUUCUUUGUUCUGCAAUCGUGCAGCUGCCCUCAGAAAGCUGAAGUUAUAGAUUUAAAGAGAACCUUGAUAGCGGUUAGUCUUCACUAAGUGCUUUUCUACACUUGUUUUAAAUAAUUCUAACAAAACAUUUGCCUGUUAACUGUAGGACUAAUUUAUGAACACAAUCACACAUCGCAGGUAUGUGGUAAAGAAAUACAUAAAAUACAUUUAAAAAUGUCCUUGUAAUUCUUCACAAGCUUGCACACGUUCUGCCCCGCUAAAAAGCUGUUUUUCGUCCAUGGAUGCUUUGCCAAAAUAUUUAUUCCACAUUUUUGUGUUUGUGUUGGACAGAGGUUUUCUUUUUAUCUAUGAUGAUAUGAAAUGAAACAUAGUUCAGUGGUGAUAGAGCAUCAACUGAUGCCAUGGAACAGUAAUCCUAAAUGCAUUCCCUUCAUGGCCACAGAGGUUAAGUUUCAGUUACCGUAACAUUAUUGUUUAUACAAAUUGUACAUUUUUGUAUGACUAAGGACUUAAUAAAUCUAAGCACUGUACAGAA